AUGCCCGAGUGCCCUCGGCCGCUGUUCCCCGUGGGCAGCGCACCUGGCGCGGCUCCGGCCGGCGCCGUCCUGCGCUCUGCCCGGCGCGGCAGGGACCCGCCGCCCCGCCGGCCGAGCCCCUCUGUCCCUCUGCCCCCGGUGCCGGCCGAGCCCCUCUGUCCCUCCGUCCCUCGGUGCGGGCCGAGGACGCUGCUGGCAGCCCGGGCAGCCCCGGGCGCCCUCCCGCCGGCCCCCGGGCGGUGCGGCCCCGCCUGCGGGAGCCGCGCCCGGGCCGCGCCCCAGGAGCGGCGACGGAGGGUGGCCCCGCUGGCCGCGGCCACGGCCGCCCGGGCGGGGGACGAGCCGCUCCUCAGGGGCAUCUUCGAGAUCGACAAGAGGAGCUGCGAUGUGGUUCUGAGCGCCCGGCGGCUCCGCUGGAGCCCCAUCCUGCCCGAGAGCCCCACAGGUGAUUCCAGUGUGGCUUUACAGGCUCAAGAGGAGAUUAUUGAAAUGAAAGAUGUGUUUUCAGUAAAACUAAAACGUCGUCGUUUUGCAGGGCAGAAAAAAGGUGGUACUUUGUUGGGUAUCACAGUUUUUACAUGCUUGCAUAAAGAAGAGAAUAAGCUUACAGACUGUGCUAUCCAUUUAAAUAACUUGAGUGAAGAUCACUGUCAGUCAUGGUUUAGACAUCUGAAGGAAAUUCUGAAUGGCUUUGAGAACAGACCUAAAUCCUUGAAAGUGUUCGUUAAUCCAAGCAGCCACAAAAGAGAAGCCACUCACAUUUAUUAUGAAAAGGUUGCACCUCUUUUUAAACUUGCUGACAUAAAAACUGAUGUCACAGUAACUGAAUAUGAAGGACAUGCUCUCUCAGUACUUAAAGAAUGUGAACUGCAGGCAUUUGAUGGGGUGGUUUGUGUUGGUGGAGAUGGAUCUGUCAGUGAAGUUGCUCAUGGGCUACUACUCAGAGCCCAGAUAGAUGCUGGGAAAGACACAGACUAUGUGUCCAAGCCUGUCAGAGCCCCCAUUCCUCUUGGAGUAAUACCAGCAGGUACUACAAAUAUUUUGGCCCAUACACUCUAUGGUAUUAAACAUGCAGUGACAGCAACAUUGCACAUUGUAAUGGGACACACCCAGGCCGUAGAUGUGUGCACGUUCAGCGCCCCGGGCAAGCUGCUGCGCUUCGGCUUCUCGGCCAUGCUCGGCUUUGGGGCGAGGACUUUGGCUCUGGCCGAGAAGCACCGAUGGAUGCCCUCCAGUCAGAGGAAGGAUUUUGCUUUCAUCAAAACGCUGGCAGAUCUCAAGCCAGAGGAAUGUGAAUUAUCAUUUCUCCCUCUACAAAUUCAGCAGGAAGAAUCUCAUGACGACAGAAAGAACAAAGAGAGAAUGAAGAUAGGUAGCAAGGAUCAAUGGCAGAAAAUUCAGGGUCACUUCCUGAAUGUGAGCAUUAUGGCAAUCCCUUGUCUGUGUUCAAUGGCACCAAGAGGCUUGGCACCUAAUACGAGGUUGAAUAAUGGAAGCAUGGCUCUUAUUGUUGUACAAAAUACUUCUCGAGCAGAGUUUAUAAAGCAUCUGAAAAGAUACACCAGUGUAAAAAAUCAGUUCAAUUUUCCCUUUGUUGAGACCUACACAGUUCGAGAAGUAAAAGUACAACCAAAGCUUAAAAGUGGACCUGAUGCCAAGGAAAAUGUGUGUCUGAAUGCAGAAGGAAACUACCCUUGGAAUAUAGAUGGAGACUUAAUGAAGGAAGCAUCAGAAGUUCAUGUUCGGGUGCACCCUCAACUUAUUGAUCUCUAUGGAGUGAACACUGAUGACUUGGAGAGUUCCCAAGUGACGUGCAACUGCAUCUAGAAGGGACACACUGGAAAUUCUGUAAUAAAAAAUCCUGUUCUCAGCCCUAUGCACAGCUUUCUAAGGUCUGGGUUGGUACUGAUGUCAGUUGUAGCAGACACUUAAUUGGGAUGUUUGUUCUAUUUCUGUGUUUAAAUUUUUACUAAAUGAUAUCUUUUUAUCAGGUUCUAUUUAACUGUAUUGAAGAUGUUAGGCUUUAACAAGAAAAAAUGAAAAUUGAU